AUGCUGCAUGGCAGCAGGUGCUUUCGAUGCUUCAAGCCAGCAGAGGUGGGCAUUGGGGCUUUCCUCGGGCAACAUGUGGGCUUUCGCGCGGAGGUCCAACGCUUCGCCUUCGAUUUCCUAGUGCGGGAACAGCAUCACGAUGGCCCCGCGCGGCUCAGCCAGGAGUGUGAGGUUUCGGACUUCGUGAAUUUUGCAAAGGCAUGCGAUGAGAAUUGUGAGAAUUCGCAUGUUUGGUUUACCUUGGUGAAGCGUGAGCAUACCACGCCAGAAGCACUCAACAAGAUUGCAAGGGCCUUACAACUUCCAGCACAGACCAAGGCCUUCAGUUUCUGCGGAAUGAAGGAUCGCUGGGGUAUCACCACUCAACGGGGCAGCUUUCCAACUGAUGCCUUGAAGGAUUUGCGUCCAGUGGUGUUCAAGGAUCCGAAUAUCAAGGUUGGGGACCUUGAGUGGAAAGCCAGCAAGGCCCGUGUGGGGAGCCAUCAAGGCAACUGUUUCACCAUGGUGCUGCGAGAUGUCCAGUCGGGCACUGGUGGCGCCCAACAGACUCGGCAGGACAUUGCCGAAAGCUUUCAGUCACUGAAGGCCACCGGUUUCCCGAAUUACUUUGGAAUGCAACGCUUCGGCACGGGGCAAAGGCCCUCCUCCGAGAUGGGUCUUUCCCUACUACGACAAGACCACAAGGAGGCUGUCCUAGUGGUGCUCCGCUCGCGUGCGCGGCAUGGCGCGGCAUUGCAGGCCUUCCUCAGGGCUAAAGAGGGUUGUUUCAAUGAAGCGCUGAAGAUGAUCCCGAGAUCCUGCUUGCAAGAGCAUGCAGUUCCCAAGCUGCGUCAUGGAGAGAAAGCGCAUGAAAGCGUCUUGCAACACUUAGCAGAAGAUCCUGAUGACUUUCGGGGAGCAUUGAAGGCUAUACCGCGACAUUUGCGCUUGUUAUGGUGUCGUUCCCUGGGAUCUCACAUUUGGAAUCGCGUCCUCUCCCUUCGCAUCCAGGAAGGGAUGAUGGAACCUCUUGCAGGUGACUUCAUCAUGGACGAGUCUGGCGUUCGAUGCUUGCGCCCAGGGGAGCAGAACGACACUCCUUUGUCGGACAUUCUACUGCCGGUGCCGGGCUUUGAGUGUCAGAGGCCGCAGAAUGACUGUGCCGACAUCUACCAGCGCGUGCUGAACGAGAUGCGGAUUGAUGAGGAGGUGUUCCAGAAGCCAGAGGCAGAAGACGAGAUUUGGAUGGCCGGGAACUUUCGACCUGCGAUUGGCCAGCCGUCACAGUUGGGAUUCCACUUCAUCGACCACGCGCCGCCCAGCCCCUUGGUGCCGAACGACCUCGAGGAUGGCUGCCACGUGGACGGAUCGUCUCAGCAUGAUCCCCUGGCGCUGGUGGUGGACUUUUGUUUGCCCAAGUCCAGCUAUGCCACCAUGGCAGUACGAGAGCUGAUGAAGAUGGAUCCGUUAGCGAAAACGGGGCGAGCGGGUGGAAGGGGAGAGAUUGCGAGGUUGACUGCAAUGACAGGAAACAUCAGCUCAUCAGCCAGUGGCCAUUUCCGGACUUUGUCGUCCACAGCCGCUCUGAGGCCAACAUAUUGCUCGACCGACACCACACAGCCAAGAUGGCGGACUUUGGUGGCGCUCCCAGACGGACAAACGGAGUAGAACGAUGUGGAACGCGGGCUGCCCGUCUUGGAAGAAACAUGACGUGAUGGGACUAUCACCCACAUUCUCAUGUAGAGUGCUUGACCUCGGUUUUUAUGAUUGCGUUGUGCUGUGCUCGUGCAUGGUGACUAAUACCUGCUACGCCACGCAGCAUUGCAGAAUUCAAAAUGGAAGAGGCUUUGCAGGCAUGAACACCUUGGAGGAACACGAUUGGC